GUUAACCCUCAUGGAGGAGCAUAGACCGCCCACCAACACUGUUAGCCACCAAAAUAUUACCACGCUUACAUUAAUUUACUAACCUUUAUCGAUUUCUUUACUAAUUUUGCACAGAUAACAUACACUUGAAUUUGAUUGGUUAUUCAUUUAUGAGUCAUUCAAAAUUGACCAAUCAAAAAUCAUUAUCCAAUUAGAUUUAGACAAAAAUGAAUAUUUAACACUUGGUCAUCAUAGAUUUUCUGAGGUUUCAAAUUAGUUCAUUAAAAUAUUGUUUUAAGAUGAGUAUCUUUGAAUGGUUAUCAAAAGGAUUGUUACCACCGAAACCAGAUCCUAGAUUGGAUACAUUUCCUUUAAUGUCUUCAUGGACACCUACAGCUUUAAUUACAUUAACUUAUGUUAUUGGAGUAUAUGCAUGGAAAGCUGAAUGUUUGAAAAGACAUAAAAAUGAACUUAAAAACAAAGAGGAGUUUAAUUCUAUCAUGAAAAAUACUAAAACAUCAUCGAAUAACAUGAUUAAACAACUUAUGAUUCUAUAUAAUGUGAUAAUGGUUAUCUAUUCUGCUAUUAUCUCAUUCAGUACUAUGUGGGCUGUAUAUAAUUUGGGUUAUGGAUUAGGUUGUGCAGAACUACCAGAUCCUAAUGAUAAAAGAACUGAUAUACUUGUAUGGGUUGGAUAUUUUUUCUAUGUUUCUAAACUUGUAGAAUUGUUAGAUACUGUUUUUUUCUUAUGGCGAGGUAAAGUUGAUCAAGUCACAUUUCUACAUGUAUUUCAUCAUGCAACUAUGCCACCAUCAAUUUGGUGGGGAGUAAAAUAUGCACCGGGUGGUAUGACAUUUAUCUUUCCAUUGAUCAAUUGUUUAAUUCAUGUUGCUAUGUAUACUUAUUAUGGAUUAGCAGCUGCUGGUGCCAAUCGUUAUUUAUGGUGGAAAAAUUAUUUAACAUUAGCUCAAAUGAUUCAAUUUAUUAUUUUUAUUCUUCAUCAAGGUCAAAUCUUUGUACAAUCUACACCAUGUAAUUAUCCUAAAAUAUUCCCAGCUGCUAUUAUAUUAUAUGCUACAGUAUUUUUAAUAUUAUUCUCUAAUUUCUAUAUUAAAGCUUAUUGGCAUAAACAACGAUUAGCUAAAAGUUUAGAGAAACGUCAACAGCAGAAGCAGCAGCAACAACAAGAACAACAACAACAGAAUGUUCAUUUCAUUGACACAAUACAACAUAAUGGUGGACAAUUGUUUCAUGAGAAGAAUGGUACCAUUAAACAAAUGAAUGAUUAUGAUAAAUCUUAUAUAAAUAAGUCAACAUUACAUAAAAUUGAUUAAUAGUCAAAGCAUGAUUUGUUUAUCUUUCACAAAGUAAUCAGUUUUAUUUGUAACCAUGUUUGUAUUUGUUUGUUUUGAAGAAGAAGAAGAAGAAGAAGUAGAAAUUGCUUAUUUUCCUUUGUUCCCCCCUCCCUCUAAGUGAUGAGUUCUAGGGGAUUUGUAAUUUCUCUUACAGUUACUCACUAAACAAUACAUGUACACAUAUCAUCUAUUAUUUUCUUAUAUCAUAUAACAAGAUGAUGAUAUGAGAUCUUUUUAAGAAAGGAAUCAAAGUUUAUUUAAAUGACCCGUCUGUGAAACUGUAAUCGGUAUGUAUGAGUUAUAUAAAGUAAGGAUGAUACUUACUUUUUUAUGUAAUCGACUAUUGUUUGACAAAAAAAAAGAUCGAUGAGGGUUUUGAUCAUCCAUCUUCAAAUAAGCGACAGUAUAUCCACUGGAAUAUCUAUGAAUGUAUGUAUGUGUUUGCUUUGUUUGCAAAUCUCCUUCACAUUUCAUUUGUUGCACUUUUUUUCAAUCUUUGUAAAAUUGUACGAAUUGUGUAUAAAUUAUUAGUAGUAUAUGUAUCUCUUAUCUUAUCUUACGUCUGUUACUCCUAAUGGAGCAUAGGUUGCCGACCAGCAUUCUUCAACCCACUCUAUCCUGGGCCUUUUCUAGUUCCAUCCAAUUCUUGUUCAUUUUUCUCUUGUCUAUCUCCAUUUUCCGGCGUUAAGUGUUCUUUGAUCUUCCUAUUUUCCUUUGGCCUUGAGGAUUCCAUGUGAGGGCUUGUUUUGUGAUGCAGUUGGGUGCUUUCCUCAAUGUGUGUUAUAUCCACUUCCAGAGCUUCUUCCUAAUUUCUUCUUCCGCUGGAGUAGUAUAUGUAUACAUAUCAUAAAAUAUUGUAAGUCUAUGUAUAUGUAUAAUGAAGAAUUUUUGAUUUUU